UACAUAAAACAAGUCUUAUGUAUAAGUUAAAAGGAACCUCUUUAUUGAUAUUUAUCAUAUAACCUAAAAACCUAAGAGAUAAAUUCGAAUUCCUCCAAGACCUAACUUCAUUUCAGAAUAUAAACUUCAAUUCUCCAUGUUUUAAGGCUUUAGGAAGAGUGGAAAAUCGAAUUGGUGCUCGUUUUGGCAACGACGGUGCAAGUAGAAAGUAAGGCAGCUUUUGACGAUAUUUUGGACUAGUUUGGUUGUUGUGUGUUAGCAAGACAAUCUACAAUACAGUUGACUAGAGAGGGAGUUGGGCUUAGAGUUUGGGCUUGAGACAUAGAGGACCAUGGAAGCUCAAGGUCAUGGAGAUAGGGUUUCUCAACGUGAGAAUGUUGGCCAACAGGGUAGGAAUGUAGAGGAUGAAGCAGAUUCUAGGGGUAGUACUGAUCAUGAAUUAGAGUCUGAGGCUAGGGCUCAUGUAGUUAAUCAACCAGUACCUCCUGUACCCCCAGUUGUACCUAUCCUACAGCUAGAUCCUGCUAUCUUAGCACAAACCAUCAUUGCUACUCUACAAGCUCAAGGCACAAGAAGAAAACCUGGGGAUAUCAUUGAACAUGCUAAAAAGUGUGGAGCAUUUGAUUUUCAUGGCUCCAUUGAUUCCAAAGAAGCAGAUAGAUGGCUUAGAGCUACAGAUAAGUCAUUUAAUACUUUAGAGUUGACAGAUGUGCAGAAGGUCAGUAAUGUUUAUGGCUUGCUACAUGAUACAACAGAUGCAUGGUUUGCUAGGAUCAGAUUGCUAUUAGGAGAUCAGUUGACCUGGGAGAUAUUCAAGACUGAGUUUCGCAGGGAGUAUUUAACUGACGCAUACAAUGCAGAAAGGCAGAAUGAGUUUAUUGCUCUAAAGCAGGGUUCAAUGACAGUGCGGGAAUACAUCGAUAAAUUUGAAGAACUUUACAAGUUUGCAUCAGAAAUCUUUCCUACAGAAGCUCAAAAAUGUUACAGAUUCAAAGAGGGGCUGCAAACUGUUUUGAAGAAUGAACUAUCAUUGUAUGAGGGAACACAGUUUAGAGGCUGGGUAGAGAAGGCGAUAGAAAAAGAAAAGCUGAGAGAAGAGCUUGAACAAGAGAGUAAACAAAAAGCUUCUGUUUGGACUGGAAAACAAGGGGGAUUUAACAAGGGAACUAGCUCAUUUCAACAAAGAAAAUCAGACAUUGGAGGAUCUAGAGGUAACAGAAUACCCUGGUCUUGGUCUGGUUCACAGAGACCUCAGUCACAUGAUAGCAAUUUCUCAGCGAGACAACUAGCAUCUAGUGUUGGCAGUGUGGCUAGCAAGAAGAGAUCUAUAACUUGCUUUGAAUGUGGUGGCAUGGGACAUAUUAGGAGGGAUUGUCCUAGUAUGGCACAGUUUAGCUCAGGUCGUGGCAGAGGUUUCCAAGGUACUGCAAAUAGAGGUGGUCGAACGUCAGGCUUUGAUAGAGGUUCAGGUCGAGGUUCUGGCUUUAAUGCGAAUAAGGAAGGCGGAGCCUCAACUUCAGCACAACCUAUGCAAGGUACCCAAACUAAUAAACCUGCUAUACAACCUAGAGUGUUUGCUUUGACUCAACAGGAGGCAGCGGCUUCUCCAGAUGUUAUUUCUGGUAGGUUAACUAUCUUUGGUAGGGAUGCUUAUGUUUUAAUUGACCCUGGUGCAACACAUUCUUUCAUUGUGUCAUCAUUCAUAUCAUGCAUACCUCGAGAUAAGAGUGUGAUGAACCAUGCUUUAGUGGUAGAUUUGCCAGUGGGUCAGUCAGUAGUUUGUCAGCAUGUUUAUAAAGAUUGUGAGAUACAGAUUAAGGAUCAUAAGUUUGAGGUAGAUUUAGUUCCUUUAGCACUUCAGAUGUUUGAUGUUAUACUUGGUAUGGAUGUUUUAUCCAAAUACAAAGCAAUUGUUGACUGUUAUAGAAAGAGGGUGCAUUUUCAAUUACCAGAACAUGGUGAAGUUGUAUUCAAAGGUGAGAAAAGUUCAGAACACUAUGGAAUGGUAUCAUCUUUAACUGCUAGAAGAAUGUUGAAGAAGGGUCGUGAAGCAUACUUGGCAUAUGUUAUAGAUACAAAAAAAGAAGGGGUAAAACUUGAAAAUAUUCCUGUUGUGAAUGAAUUUGCUGAUGUAUUUCCUGAUGAUCUACUAGGCUUACCACCAGAUAGAGAGAUUGAAUUUAGUGUUGAUUUGCAACCAGGCACUAACCCUAUUUCUCAAGCUCCGUUACAUUAG